AUAAGCCAAGACAAGCCUAGUUGCUAAUUUGGUUUGUAAGGUUAGGUCACGGUCGAGUUUGUUUAGGUUAUGUUAUGAUAUUAUAAUUGUGCUGUUUGUUUAUUUGGAUAGAUAAAAGUAAGAGAUUACUUAUACUCUAGGUAGAGAGCUGAAAAUUAUUUUAAAAUAUCCCUGAUUUAGUAUUUAUGAUAGCUUAUCUCGUUGCAGUAUCAAAGCAUAGUUUUAAUGGACACUAUGAUCAUAUUCAUUCACUAACUAUAAUAAUAAAACAAUUCUUGAUCAUCAUGUUCGAUAGAAAUACUAUGUAGAGGUUUGUCAAUUUAAUGUACAUUUAAGUCUUGAUUCAGGAUAAUUGAAAAUGAAGUUAAACUUUUUUGGUAAUUGUAAAAAUUUGUAUUAUUCUUAUUUCAAGCUUAAUCAAAUUCAAAUUGUGUCAACAGCUUAUUUUAGUCAAUGUAAUAUCAAUAGAACUAGUAAAAAUUCGAAAGUAGUCCCAAAUAAUGAGCCAACGUUACAUGAUUUUAUAAAAUAUGAAAACUUAAAACAUUUGGAUUUAAUUGGGGAUAGCGCAAAUGUACCAUACACAAGUAAUUGUGAUGUUCACUCCAAUAACCGUAAGGUGUUUUUCGAUGUGCAUGGCUGCCAGAUGAACGUCAGUGACACGGAAAUAGUUUGGUCAAUACUCAAAUCAGCUGGCUUUGAAAAAACUGAAGUACUAAAUGAGGCUGACGUUGUGCUCAUAAUGACAUGUGCUAUUAGAGAAGGAGCUGAAAAUAAAAUAUGGAAUAAACUUAUACACAAUCUAAAAAGUUUAAAACAAAGAAAUUCCAGGGGACCCAACAAGACGCCAUUGAAAAUUGGUGUACUUGGUUGCAUGGCUGAAAGAUUGAAGCAUACUUUAUUGGAGAAAGAGCAGAUUGUGGAUGUAGUCGCUGGCCCAGACAGCUACAGAGACUUGCCUAGACUGCUGGCACUUACCUACAAUGACCAGACUGCCAUCAAUGUGUUGUUAUCACUUGAUGAGACAUAUGCUGAUGUGAUGCCCGUUAGAUUGAAUGAAGGAUCUAAGUCUGCAUUUGUGUCAAUAAUGCGUGGCUGUGACAAUAUGUGUACCUACUGCAUUGUGCCUUUUACCAGAGGUAGAGAGCGUUCGCGACCUGUUCAAUCAAUCGUCAAUGAAGUACAACAUCUUGUCGACCAAGGGGUGAAGGAAAUAACACUACUAGGUCAAAAUGUGAAUAGUUAUCAGGAUUUAUCAACACAGUCUUAUUCUUUGAGUGGCCAAAAAAUGGAAACUGUAAAAGGAUUUAAAACAGUGUAUAAACCUAAAAAACGGGGACUGAACUUUGCUGAUCUCUUAGACAAAUUGUCUGCUGCCCACCCUAACCUCAGGAUACGAUUUACAUCACCUCACCCUAAAGAUUUUCCUGACGAGGUCUUGAACAUCAUAGCUGAGAGAAGAAAUAUUUGCCGUAGUCUACACAUGCCUGCUCAGUCAGGCAAUAAUCAGGUCCUGGAACGCAUGAGAAGAGGCUACACAAAAGAGGCUUACCUGGAUUUGAUCAGGCACACGCGUGAAGUUCUACCAGAGGUCACUAUAUCUUCAGAUUUUAUAUGUGGAUUCUGUGGAGAAACUGAUAGCGAAUUUGAGGACACUUUGAAUCUAGUGAAAGAAGUUAAAUACAAUUUUGCCUACAUAUUUCCCUACAGCAUGCGUGAGAAAACAACGGCUCACAGACGCUACAAGGAUGAUGUGCCAAGUGAAGUGAAGCAAAAGAGAGUGGAUAUGCUAGUUAAUCAGUUCAGAUAUGAUGCUGAAGAAUUGAACAAUGCUCAAAUUGGAUUGACUCAGCUGAUAUUAGUGGAAGGGGAAAGCAAAAGAUCGAAAGAACAUUUAGCAGGACGCAAUGACGGCAAUACCAAAGUAAUAAUACCCAAGAUUGACGUGUGCCAAGAGAUCUGUGGGGAAGGUCCUGUCUCUCCCAUAACUCCUGGAGACUAUGUAGCAGUAAAGAUAACUGGUGCUUCAUCACAAGUAUUAAAAGGAAUCCCUCUGUACCAUACAACUCUCGCCAGGUACAAUAAUAGAGGAGAAGAAGAAGUCAACUGUUGUUCAGUGAUUGUAUAAAUACUAUUGAGACCAGUCUGUGUACUUCAGGAGAGGCCCGGUUCUUCUUGUAGCUUACAAGCAGAAACCUACAAGGAAACCAGUCUACCUGAUUUCGACUGCGUACCAUGCUCAGGAUCAAGUUAUCCGCAAUCGUGGGAGUGGCAUGGAAGCCAUCAAACCCUAUGUGGAUACACCAAUACAAAUAAACUGAUGGGUGGUGUGGACUGCAAAGACAAGUCCCUGUACUAUUGGUCCUGCUCCAGACACACAAUGAAGUAGUGGAAAAAGAUCUUUGUCAACUUGCUGAACAUGUGUGUGACAAAUGCGUAUGCUGUGUAUGUCCAGGAAGAAAUUCAUUCUGGAGUUGAUUAGGAGCCUGGCAUCUCCUUCUAAACUCACUCCAGCUGUUGUGUCUGGAGGAGACGUAGCCAGUCACCGCUUUGAAAUGCCAGAAAAAAAAUGAUAGCUGUGACAUGUGCAUCCCAAAGAAAAGGACUUCAUUUUGAGGCCCAGGGUGCAGUGUGGGAGUCCACAAAGAAUUUUCAUAAAUUGGAACAUUAUUGAAGUUAAUUUUGCAGGGGGAAAAGCCAGUUGCAGAAAAGAACAGUGACUCUGACUAGUAAUCUUGUAAAAGCCUAGUGUAUUAUAGUGGUUUUUUUGUUUUUUUUUACUUUUCCAAGCCCUGUAUAUAUUCCUAAUUACAUAAUUAAUAUGAACUUUUUGUAUAUACACAUACAACUGACAUAAUAUGAUAUCCGUACAAGAUUGAGACAAGAAAAUUGUUUGUGAAAAGUAUAAUUUUUUUUAUAUUUACUUUUUCUUUCUUUCCUAGUUUUAUGUGUAAUAAAUAGCAUUAUUUUGUA